AUGAUUUUGGACGAGAAAGAUGCUGAGAUCUCAAUGAUCCAGAAGUCGUUUGGGCACCAAAACGCAAAUUGCAAGACCUGGAUUCGGAGAUUACUCAUACUUACUUUAAUAAUUGUCUUAGGCUUUUGGAACAUCGCGUCUCGUAUUUGCGGGCUAUCAAGAUUACUAGAUGGAAGUAAUCCCAUAGAAACGGCAUUUCUAAAAUCGCUUGAGACAAACUUGGCGGGCAACUGGUUAGAAAAAUACACUGCGGUUCCACAUCUUGCUGGUCAGGGUCAAGAGCUUGUAAAUUGGACUGCUCAAAAAUUCGAAGAAUACGGGUUAAAGACCGAGAUUGAAGCUUUCGAUAUUUACCUCAACUAUCCCUUAGACAACUCGCUCAAGUUACUGUCCAAGCAGAAAAAUGGCACGAAAUUGGAGUUUCAAGCUUCUUUGAAGGAAGACGUUUUGGCCGAAGAUCCCACUACCGAUGGUGAUGACCUUGUUCCAGCUUUUCAUGGUUAUAGCGCUUCUGGAAAUGUGACAGGAGAGUACGUUUACGUCAACUACGGUACAAAAGACGACUUCAAACUGCUCUCAGAAGUAGGAGUUAGCGUUGAGGGCAAAAUCGCUAUUGCCAGAUACGGUGGCAUCUUUAGAGGUCUCAAGGUUAAAUUUGCCCAGGAGGCAGGUGCCAUUGGAGUCAUAUUAUAUUCCGAUCCCGGGGAUGACUAUUUCCAAGAGGCAAAGGGGGACAAGGCUUAUCCCGAAGGACCUGCCAGAAAUCCUUCGUCUUUGCAGCGGGGGUCGGUACAGUUUUUGAGUCAAUCACCUGGUGAUCCAACGACACCUGGCAAAGCAUCUCAAGGUAAUGUGACCAGAGAGGAUCCUUCCAGCAGAAUUCCAAAGAUUCCAAGUUUACCAGUCUCAUUCAAAGACGUAAAACCAAUUUUGGAAAAAUUGAAUGGCUACGGCCUUGAUUGCUCGAAGUUUGGUGGGGAAAAGUGGAUCGGCAACUUACCUGGUUUCAACUAUUGGACUGGCCCUAAUCCUGACUUUUCUAUUAACCUGUACAACAACCAGUCUUACGACAUAAGACCGAUCUACAAUGUUUACGGUAACUUAACAGGCACUGAUCCGGAAGAGGGCUAUAUCAUAAUUGGUAACCACAGAGAUGCCUGGAUCAAAGGUGGAGCAUCUGACCCUAACAGUGGUUCUGCAUCCAUGCUCGAAAUCAUCAGAGCGUUCCAUGAACUCUCAGUACAAGGCUGGAAGCCCAGAAGAACUAUCAUUUUUGCCUCUUGGGACGGCGAAGAGUAUGCUUUGCUCGGAUCCACCGAGUUUGGCGAAAAGUACAGCAAAACGUUGAGCGCUCAAUGCCUAGCCUAUCUAAAUGUCGACGUAUCUGUUAGCGGGAAGAACCUCGAAAUCCAGGCAUCACCAUUCCUCAAUCACGUUCUGGCUGAAGCAUUGACCCAAGUAGAAUAUCCCUUAGGCGGCACGCUUUACGAUCACUAUUUCGAAAAGAAGAAGAAGUUCGGGAUUCUUGGUAGCGGCUCUGAUUAUACCGUUUUUCUGGAACAUUUGGGAAUUGCUUCUGUUGACGUCGGCUUUACGAACGGACGUACCGAUCCAGUGUAUCAUUACCAUUCGAACUAUGAUUCAUAUCACUGGAUGAGCACGAUGGCUGAUCCAGGAUUCAAGUUUCACAAUGCAUUGGCUCAAUAUCUGGGGCUUGUAGCACUGAAGCUCACAGAACCUAAGGUAAUACCAACGAAAAUCAGCGAUUAUGCUACCGAACUUGGUUUUUACUUCAAUUCUUUGGCAGAAAAAGUUCCAGAAGGCUGGCUUAAGGCCCCUGUUGGAAAGGGAUCUCUACUAGAUGCGAUUAUCAAAACCAAAGAAAGGUUAAUCAAGUUUGAUAGGAAUGCCGUUUCUUUCGACGAAUACACAAGCACUCUUCAACUGGAAUGGGACAACAGAGAUCUUUUACCUAUUUGGAAACGACUCCGUCUGGCGUUCCAAAUCAAGGGUGUGAACUACAAGCUCAGAUUUUUCGAAAGGAACUUCGUUUUCGAAGAAGGAUUAAAAGACCGGCCGUGGUUCAAACAUAUCGUUUAUGCCGCGGGGAGAGAUACGGGUUAUGAGGGUUUUGCCCUCCCUGGCUUGAAAGAGGCUCUUGAUGAUGACGAUCUUGCUUCAUUCAUCGAAUGGGUGGAGCGCAUCAGAGGCCUUGCUCGCCAUCUAGAGCACUCGUUCUCAUAG